AUAAGAGCGGGAGGAGCGGGCGGAGGCGGCGCAGUGCUGCAAACUCUCAUCGCGUUGGAAGCGAAGCUCCCGGUGGUUCCUGCGCCGCUGAGAGCAGUGCUGCCUUCCUGUGCCUCUGACCCUCCUCCCGCUCCUGCGAGCACCGUUCCCCGGGUGUCCCCGGGCCGGACCGCCGAGAUGAAACCCCCAAAGGUUAAAAACCCCACUCGAGUGCGAAAGGAGGAGGUGGUGGAGGAGGUGGAGGUGGUGGAGGAGAGGGACGCCGACCUGAGCGCGGUGCUGUGCGAGUUCGAUGCGGUGAUCGAGGACUUCAGUUCCCCGCGGAACAACAGGCACUUCAGGUACGACGAACACCUGCGAUGCCUGAAGAGGAGGAGCAGCACCAGCAUCAGCGACAGCAGCUUCAGCGACUCAGAGAGUGCAGAUUCGCCUCAGAGAAAUAGUUUCAGCUUCAGCGACGAAAAGCUUAGCGGUUCUUCAACAGUCGUGUCUCCUAAAGCAAAGCUUGGAGACACAAAGGAACUGGAGGACUUUAUUGCUGAUUUGGACAGAACAUUAGAAAGUAUGUGAAAGGAAGGAGCCAGGGUCUUGGCCUCAUUCAGCCAUGUGAGGAAUGUAUGCAGACAGCCACCAAGAGUAAAGCGUUACUUCAACUGUCUUGACAUUUAUGCUCUAUAUCACAGAGAAGAAUUUGUUGACAGUAUUUGCACACAAAUGCUUUCAUACGUAUAGACUACUACCAGAUUUCGGAAUCAGCAGAUACAUUUCUAAACAAGCCUAUUCUACAGUAAAAUACAUAGUCAGCCAUUUUAAUAUCCCCCCCUGCUGUAAUUUUCCUGAAAGAAGGUUGGGAAUAAUUUAAUUUUGCAGUAAGGAAAUAUUAAUCAUUUUAUAGCGUUGGAAAUUAUGAAUUGUGUUAAGAUUGUUUCACAUUGAAAUAUAUUUUUGUAAAUUUUAAUAUACAUUUACAGGAUUCCAAAGUCUUCCCAACUUAAAUUUCAUAAGAAAACUUUCUUUAAAACCAAGCAGUGCCAUAUAAAGCAUGAAGUGUUGAAGAAUGAAAUGUAUUUAGUUUGCCUUUCUUCAUCUAUGUUGCUCUUUAUGGUAAUAAUUUCCUGUAAUUAAUGUUAAAUAAACUUAUAUUUUUGUUUUAUGAAAA